CAGCAUUGGACAGCAACAGGAUUAGAAACAACUCAGACAGAAACCUGCAUUCCGGCUUCCUGGGCGGCAGUUCUUCAGGAAACCUCACUCCCCCAGAGAGGACACCAUGAUCCUCCUAAAGCUCUCUUCCUUCCUGGCUUUCUUUGCCUUGGUUGUGUGCCAGAUGGACAGCCUCCAGGCUGCUCCAUUCAGGCCUGGUUUUGAAUCUGUCAUGCCAGACCAUGUGGCUCUCAGCGACGAGGAGGCUCGGCACCUGCUGAAUGCUUUGGUGAAGGAGUUUGUGCAGAUGAAAGCCGAUGAGUUGGAUCAGGUGACUGAGGACAACAGCCUGGACAGACCUAGAGCUAAGCGGUGCAGUAAUCUGAGUACCUGUUUGCUGGGCAAGCUCUCGCAGGAACUGCACAGGCUGCACACUUACACGCGCACUGACGUCGGGGCGCGAACACCUGGCAAGAAACGCGAUGUGCUGAACGACCUGGAGAAUGACCGUUACGCGAGCUCUGAGGAUGUCCUGGGGAGCAACUAAACUCGCUUGGCUUUCUAUUUCCCGUCGUCUCUUCCUAACUUCCUUUCUCAUUUCCUUCCUUCUUUCCUGUCUUUAUUGCAUGCAGUUUUUCUGAAACUAUAAUUUCUGAAUUGGCUGUGUUAAUUAGAUACAAUGCUGACAGAGAAUGUUUGAGACAAAAGUGAGGAGGGCACAGAAAAGUCCCACCAAGGGGGAAAAACCCCACCAUUCAGACUUUUAGUUAAUGAGUGAAUCGAUCUGAAAGGGUACAACUCGUCUGGGACCUUUCAUUCUACAACUCUGCCUUUGGUUUCAGGUUGUAUCGAUGGACACAGCUUCCAUGCUUAGAUGUGUUGAAUAAACCAAUUUUUUAAAGGC